CCCCAAUCAAAUCCUUCAAACUCUUCCUAAAAGCCUUGACACGCAACACAACACCACUCAUCGAUACGCCCCUCUUCCUCCUUCUCCCGCUGUCCUGCAUGAAACUACGCCGAGCUCCAAGCAGCUUACCAGCCUCUCAACAGCGACUUGAACCCAUUCGACCGCGUCUCCCAGGCCCUCUCAGACAUCGGUGCUCUGUCCAUCCGACUCCAUCGAAAGCUUUCUUUUGAAAUCCAAUGGGUCAGUGAAAGACCUUGACGUCGCCUGCCACCUGCUCUCACUCCCACUUGGCAUCGUCCGGUACCUAAACUCCCCACCGCCACCACCACGACUGACUCAGUUUGUAUGCUGCCGGCAUCCGUAAUUCGUGGCCCCCGAGCCUGGCAGGCCAGAAGCCCCCUUCAGGCCAGCCAACCUCCAGGCCCGGCUCGGCCCAGCUUAUCUUGGCCUGGCUUCUGACCUCUAGCCAAAGCCAGCACAUCACUAUCGACGAAUCGUGGGGAAGGCAUAAAAGAACAGAACCACAUAUGUUUAGACAUCUGCUCCCUCGUCAAUCCCCACUACCACCCUACUAGCAUGCAAACAAAUGAACCAAAUGAUUCAUUCUCGCUAUGGACGGAUGGCAGGUCAGAGGAAUUCGACUUUAUAAACAGUCGAGUUCAGGCUGUCGAUAAUCAGGACCUGAUUUUGAUGCACUGGGAAGUAUCGCAUCAUGAACUCGAUCAACAAGACGACCUUUACGCCAUGGGAUCGUUUGUUGAUCCAGGCUUCAUUCAGACACCCACACCCACACCACCUUGCCCUAUCGGCAGCCUUAUUGGAGAACUAACAGAUCAAGAUGACUCGGAUGGCUCCGUGUCUGUCUCGACGGCAUUUUAUCCAGGUGCAUACAAUGAGAGCUACGAUACCAUAUUUUCCACAGCCGAUGCAGUUCUCUUCUACGUGCAUUCGAAGAUCAUCAUGGACUCAACCGGACAACCUUUCAGAUCCCUUCUUGGUUCCCCGUUGUCUGAUCCCCGCUUUCGCAAUCAUGUUAUAUCCGUUUCGGAAUCCUCAAAUGUCUUUAGUAUAAUCCUACAUAUGCUCUAUGGCACUUCGUCAGCCCACUACUCGCCAAUAUUCGAAACCCUCGUUAUAGCUGUUGACCAGAUGCCCGCGUAUGGCAUUCAGCCGGGCUGUGUACUUGAAGCGGCUCUUUCUGUUGCACCUUGA